UGACUGCCUAACCGAUAGCUCUAUCUUCGUGCACACUUCAGAAUUCAGUUUCAGUGUGCCGUCGUCCAUCGCUCCGGACGGUUGUGUGUAUGUGAUCACUGUAUUUGUGAGUGAAUCGAAAUACGAUGUUCUGUGAUGUUGAAAUAUUAAGUGUGUGCGAUUUGUGAUGAGCUUUUGCUUUAUAUUCCCUAGAAAAAUGUUAAUGGUGUACAAUUUUGUUACCAUUACAUUUAUGACCAUCGCGCUGGACCACGUGAAAUCUCAAGAACGGAAUACGGAGCAUCAGGGCCCUGUGACCUGCGGGGGGCGCCUGCAAGGUCCCGUGGGAACCAUCCAGACGCCCAACUUCCCCAACCCGUUUCCGGUGCCGAUCAAGUGCAAGUGGAUCAUCGAGCACGACAUCGCGAACGGCACUAUAUCGAUAUACUUCACGCAGCAGUACACCACUAGCGGGCUCACGUUCACGGAGUACAUGUACUAUGAUGACACCUACAAGCUGGGCGAGCGGCGCGCGCUCACCGUCACCGAGGAGAACAUCACUAGGAUCAAAUAUUUACAGGUGCAAAGCCCGGUGCUGGUGGUGGAGCUGUCGCUGACUCGUGCGGAGGGCUCGCAGCUGCGCGCGCUGGGGCUGCUGGCGGUGUUCGGGCUCAACGUGACGUACGCCGUGCGCGCGCCCUCCGCGCCCGCACCCCGCACCUCCUGCAGCGCCAUCGAGUGUCGCCUGCUCGGACACUGCUACGCCUCACAUGAUUAUAGUGAAUUCUACUGUUCCUGUUUCGAGGGAUAUUCUGGGUCUGAUUGUGGAGUUGGUCCUCUCUGCCCUAGUACAUCUAAUAUGUGCAAGAACGGUGGUACGUGUGGGCAAUUGGGGCCGGCAGCCGUGAGCUGUAUUUGUGCGCCGGGCUACACGGGGGACCUUUGUGAGUCAGAAAUAGCCGCACCAGAAUGCGGCUUAGAGGAAUGCGCCGAUGCAUGUAACAAAGAUAAGAUUUGCGAUUGCAACUCGAGAGAUACUGAUGUUUCAUCCGCUCGUUUCGAAACAAGAGUUAAAAUUGUCGAUCAUGGAAUUAAUGACAUAGCAAAGGAAAUAAUAAAACAGAUGAGUGGAUAUUUACGAGCAUCAAAUAUAACGCUACAUGAUGAUGUGGAAAUUUUAAAUAUAAGUUCACCGGAGUCUGGGUCGCGGAUAGCGUGGGUGCGCGUGUGGGGUGCGCGGCGCGAGUUAGGGGCAGUGCGCAGCGCGCUUGCGCGGCUGGCGGCGGCGCGCGCGCCCGCGGACCUGAGAGCGGUGCGCCUUGUACCCGACACGUCUGUGUUGCAUACUCAACCAGCUCUAACUUUACAUAAAUUGAUUGUUAAUCAACGUCCCGAAGUGUGGGAAGGCUCAGAAUUUAUUCUAAGUUGUAUGGCGUAUGGCUCUCCAAAUAUUGCCUUUACGUGGUACAAAGAUGGCAUAAAGGUCAACUUCAAUGGGACUAACAGGGAUAUUUGGACUCGCACCGUUGCAGAAGAUGCUUUAGGUCGCCAAUUAUCCGUGUUAGGAGUUUCAGAAGCAAAAAAAUUAGAUACUGGGAAAUGGUCAUGUGCGGCAGACGAUGCUGGACGGAGAAGGUGUAGCGCUUUGAGAAUUACUGUAUUAAAGCCACCUGAUAUUCGUCUCAUGCCUUCAACACUUACAGUGAAUAAGGGUGAGAACGUUAGUAUCACUUGCUUAGCGGGAGCUGGGCGGGUCCACGGGGCGCUUGGAUUCAGCUGGGCAAGGGAAAGAAGUCUGUUACCUCUAGUUCCUGGACGAGAACUCUGGGAAGAUCUAUAUCCAGCUGGUAGCCUUCUCAGGCUAUAUAACAUUCAGAAAUCAGGAGAGUUUCGAUGUCAAGUUUCAUCGGUAGUGGGUACAAAUUCAAAGUCAAUAACUGUUUGGACGAUUGGUCCAACAGAUGAGGCUUGUGAAAGUGAAGCAUCGUAUGGUAUGCGCUGGCCUAGAACCGCUCCAGGGGCUGUCGCUAUUGCGAGUUGUCCUCCGGGACAAACCGGGGAAUCUAGUAGGUUCUGUGAACCAAAAACUAUACAACGUAGUGUUAAAUGGAACUUACCCAACUUUUCGGAAUGUAUAUCAGAGUCUUUGCAAGAAAUAUAUGAACAGUUCAUAUUAAUAUCAUAUGGAUAUUCUUGGAAGCUUGUGCGUAAUAUCGCUAGUCAAUAUGGGUCAGUAUUACGUUCCUUACCAGCAUUGCCUGGAUCAGCAAGUCUUCCAUUACAGCAUACAAUACAUAUGCUGCAUUACUUACGCUCGUCAGCAGCGCAGCGUUCGGACAAAAUAGGCAGUACAGAGUCAUUACUUCAGAUUUGUGCCUCGCUACUGAGACAUCCUGAUGCCUUUUUGGAUGAAGAGAAAAUCUACGAUCUCCAAAAUGCAAUAGUAGAUGCCGCUGCCUUGAAAGACAAAUUUGACGCCCAAUAUCAAGGUUUUAGUAUUAAAGCGAAAGUAGCAAAAGACGAUAAUGCUGCUCAUUUCAACUUUCCACGACAAUCUGGACCAGAGGAUUGGUCAUUGAUUUCUGUUGGCGUUGAACUAUUGGAAGGGAUGGGAAAUGUGACGGUUGUUGCAGUGCUUUAUGAGGAUCUUGGAAUUCGAUUGCCAUCUUUACGCAGGAUAGUUGAAUACAAAGGAGGUCGUGAAUUGGAAUAUCAAAUGUCUUCAGCGCAAACACAACUUUCCACUAGCCUGGAUCAUUUAGACGCAUCAUUGAAGCAUACUGUAACUCUUUUAUUCGUACACAAUAAGAAUUAUACUUCGAUUGCCUCAAAGCUAUCUUGUGCCCUGCGAACGCGAGCUGAAUCUGGCUCUUGGGUGCGAAAUGCUUGCGAGAUGCGAGUUACAGAGCCCACACACGUGUCUUGUCGCUGCCGAGGGCUGGGCACUUUCGCGCUAUUCACUGUUGCUCGUUCAUCGCUUACAGAUUCAGAAAAGGAUUUACGUGGAGUUGUCAAAUUGACGGUCAGUUUGGGAGGUGCUAUGUGCUUCGCGGCUGCGGUCUUGCAGCUCUUGGCUUUAGCGCCAGCUAAAAAGGCUCACUUGCCCACGCUACUGAAGGCAGUUACGGCUGGUACACAUUCCGCUGCGUUAUUCACUUUACUGGAAUGCGAUAAUGGACAGGAGGAGGCCUGCCCAGGCGCGUUGGGCUGGGUGUGUGCCGCGUGUUGGUGCGCGGGCUGCGGCGCGCUGUGUGCGCAGCCGUUGCUGCUGCAGGCUGAGCUGGGUGCGCGGGCGCAGCGAGCUCCCUCGGUUGGACUUGUAGCUGGGGUGUGUACCCUCUCGUGGCUGACUGCGAGGCUGUGGGGCGGCGCUCCGUUGCAGCUGGGCUCAGGCGCGCAAGUCGUGUGUGCCGCUGGCUGCGCUCUUCUAACCAUACUUUGUCUCGCUCUAACGUUCUGCGCAGCGAUGCGCUUGCGCAUUAUUAUGCAUAAGGUGCCUGCUGAACGGCGCACUUAUUUAAAGGACAGGAGUCGCGUAGUGCGUCACACGUUAGUGCUGGCGGUGACCACGAGCGCGGUGCAGGCGGCGGCGGUUGCGUACGCGCAGCCGGCCGACCGACGCGUGACACAUGUCGCCGUACUCGCAUCUGCGGCGCUUGCUAAUGGAAUAGCAAUGUUACUUUGCUAUGUAUUAUGCGACGAAGAGUGUGUGAGACUAGCUCGGCGCGCGGCGUCGCUUCCCUCGCAACAUUGUUCUCAUCGACGGACGCCAGACACCGCUCUUAGCUUGUACAUAAAGCAAAGCGGUGAGGUGGAAAGUUGCGCCGGCGCAGAGAGCGCCUCAUCUCCUCUCGGCACAUUCCGUUCUCCGCAUUUAUCUCACAACCCCAGUAGUAUAUAUAGGCGCCAAUCCAAUCCAGACAACCGUGCGGACGUCGUGCGCUUCGAAUACCGAACCCCUCUCGACCCCGCGUACGACUCCCGUGGGUCCCGCGUGUGCGACCUCAUCCCUCAUCAACAAGACUACAUAAUGACCCCAGUGUGCGUAGAACUCGACGUCAAACGACACGCAGAACACACCUCCAUAACAACUUGCCCAAUUAACUUCGAGCCAUACACUGACAAACGAUUCGACACGCCGAAAGAAUCGUGUAAUAUCUGUGUUCAAUCCAACCCUGACGUUUCUGACAUCGCGGCCCAACCGUUUAAGAGUUGCUUGAAGAAAUCGCGCGAUCUCACAUCGUCUGUAUCUCUCCCCUCCAUGGAUGUUAAUGUUGAUAACGGUAAGUCUGACAUCGAACAAGUGAAUAGGGAAUGGAACAAAGCGUACGACUGUGAAACAAAUCAAGUGAUAAACAAAAUAACGAACGAUUUAGACUUUUUGUUGAACAGGACUCAGGAUAGAAACGAUUCCGCGGAACCGCCCACUUGAAGUGAGAUCGAGAAUCUAGAAUAAUGUAGUUAAUAGUCUAAUGUCUAUUGUAAAUAUUAAUUAAUUUCUCGUUUUGAUUUAUUCUUAAUUACAGAUGUAGUAAUAAUUUAUCGAAAUGGAUUUCUGUCUACCUCUCAACUGUGUUAGUUUUGUUUACUGUUAAUAAGAUUUGUUAAAACGUUAUUCAUCCAGUACAAACAAGUUUAUA